AUGAGUUGUUUCGGGUGUUUCUCGUCGCACAACAAUCACUCCUUCAGACAACCCGUCGUGGCUUCUCCUUACACAGGACCGAAUCCGCAGUCACAAAACCCCAACCCAGCUGGAACCGCCAAGACCAAGAACGCAGACGCCAUUAACAAAGAAGCUCCGAACAAUAUCGCGGCGGAGACAUUCACGUUCCGGGAACUAGCUGCCGCGACAAAGAAUUUCCGACAGGCGUGUCUCAUCGGAGAAGGAGGGUUCGGGAGAGUUUACAAGGGAACUCUCGAGGAAACAGGACAGAUCGUUGCAGUGAAACAACUCGACCGGAAUGGAUUACAGGGACACAGAGAAUUCCUCGUCGAGGUUUUGAUGCUGAGUCUAUUGCAUCAUACCAAUCUCGUGAAUCUGAUUGGCUAUUGUGCCGAUGGAGACCAGAGACUUCUUGUUUAUGAGUAUAUGCCUCUCGGAUCUCUCGAAGAUCAUCUUCUCGAUCUUGUACCGGAGCAAGAACCGUUGGAUUGGAACGUGAGGAUGAAGAUCGCGUUAGGAGCAGCCAAAGGACUGGAAUAUCUUCACGACAAGGCUGAUCCUCCGGUGAUAUACAGAGAUCUGAAAUCGUCGAACAUAUUGUUGAACGGAGAUUACGAGGCGAAAUUAUCGGAUUUCGGUUUAGCGAAAUUGGGUCCGGUCGGGGAGAUGCAGCAUGUUUCGUCCCGGGUUAUGGGAACAUACGGUUAUUGUGCUCCUGAAUACCAGAAAACUGGUCACCUAACGGUUAAAUCCGAUGUGUAUAGUUUCGGAGUUGUGUUGUUGGAACUGAUAACCGGAAGACGUGUCAUCGACACCAUGAGACAAAGUGAAGAGCAAAAUCUUGUUACUUGGGCACAACCGGUUUUCAGAGAACCGAGCAGAUACCGGGAGCUAGCCGAUCCGCUGCUGGAGGGAAAGUUCCAGGAUAAGAGCCUGAACCAAGCGGUGGCGGUGGCAGCGAUGUGUCUGCAAGAAGAACCGGCGGUUAGACCCUUGAUCAACGACGUGGUUACAGCCCUUAGUUUCCUCGGUGCAUAAUCCGGUUUAAUCACCGGUUUUCUGCCAAACCGGGCCUAACCGUUUCCAAACCGUCCCAAACUGCCGUGACGAGGGAUGCCCAAGGAACGUGAAAUCGCUAAUUCUAGAACUUCUUGAAAAAUAUGAUCACAAU